AUGUUGAGACCGGUUUCUGCACUUUUACGUUAUAAGCUGGGCUAUAUCUGCCGAAGAACCGGACCAUCGUUGCUGUAUCGAAACUUUAGCAAGACAUGUCUUGUCACACAAGAAAAUAAACCAUGGUACCUAAACGUACCAGAGGUUAAAGACACGGAUAACAGCUCGCCAUUUAUUACUCCUAUAACUUUUCCCUCGACCCCAGUUCCACAUUCAGUUAAGAUCAUAUCAGAACAUUUGAAUGAUAAAUUGGCAGUCACAAACAUUAUUGUAUUCGAUACUGCACAUUCAAAUACAACGACGUCUAUCCACAGUAUGGCUAAAUAUGUGAUAAUUGGGACAGUUAGAUCUUUCAGACACCUUCAAAGCUGUAAUGACGAGCUAGUGAAGUUUGUUAAGGCGGAGUUCGGUUGUAUUCCUAAAUCUGAAGGUUUGAUUACCAGUGGAAUAUUAAAGAAAAGGCAAAGACGUAUAAACAGAAAGACUAAUAUUGGAAAGGUAACCAAGAAGGAACAAGAUGAAAGUGGAUGGUGCUUGAUCGCUUCUAAUGUUGACGGAGUAUUCAUCAAUAUCAUGACAGAAGAGAGAAGAAAUGAACUAAACUUGGAAGAAUUAUAUUGUCCUCCUGAAGAUAUGGAACAAUACCAGAAGAAGCAGCAAGAACAGCAAGCGAAAAGCUUUGUGGACGAAGAAGAUAAUGUGUUACUUGGGUUGCGAAAAUUGAUGAUGAAAAAUACAAGAAGAUACUAUUCUACUGCUGCUAAGAACUCUACUUCUGUUACUCUAGAAGAAGCUCUAACUAUCCAAGAUUUAAAAGCAGCAUCAAAUUUAUUACAACAAGAGCCAAAGCCCUAUCUAACUAUAACUUCCGUCCUUGGAAGCUUACCUACCCUUAUUGAGAUUGAUACAAAAGGUUGGGUAGAGCUCUUCAACCAAGCAACAUCGACACAACAUCAUUUGGAUGAAGAAUAUUGGUCUUCAAGGUUCAAAUUUUUCCAGUUACUCUACUUAUCAAAAACAAAUAACUUGCUUAACUCAGAACAAAGGAAAAAUGGAGAUGUAAUAUCUCUAAACCAAGAAUUAAACUAUUUCAUCAAUGAUUUUUUCAGAUUCAAGCAAGCGAUGUUAUACCAGCCGACAAGGGAAGAAUUGAUUAAAUUCAUUCAAAUCUGCAACCAUUAUAUCAACAUGCAACCCAACUAUAACGGUUUAAUGAGUGCUAAUUUCUGGAUAACCCGUGCCCUUAAAUCAUAUCAAUAUAAUGAUCCGGAAGCUGUCCAUGACCCAAGGGUGGUGAGACUGCUAUUAAGUUCAAUGCAUAAAGGUACUUCUAAUUUAAAUGCUCUUUAUGAAUACAUUCAUCUCAUAACCAAUGAAUUUAAGCUUAACCACCUUUCUGAUAACAUCAUUAAAGAAAUCAUUGGAGCAUUGGUUGAGACCGCCAAUUGGGCUGUAUUAUUUAGGUUCUGGAAUCACUGUUUGAUUGAAUUUGGUGGUGACUCUGGGUUAUGGGCUUUCUUUUUGAAAUCUCUAUUAGAAAAAAACGAUCCAUAUAUCUUAGCUCAACUAAUGGAAAAGGGAAACUUGAUUUGGAUUUAUAGAGCGAAGGUAGAAAUCAAUCCGGAAUUGAAAAAAGUUCUAGUUGAACUCUUUGAUAAAUUUGAUAAUCGUUACACGAAUUUAAAAACACUACUAAACUUGUAA